AUGGGUAGUAGUUAUUCACAUUAUCACCAUCACCAUCCACACUAUGGAGCACAUCAUUAUUCUCAUCAUUUUGGUCCAGGUCAUCACCAUCACAUGGGCCCCGGAUUUGGUUUUGGUGGUCAUCAUCAUCAUCAUCAUAUGCAUCAUGGAUUUGGAUUCAAUCACCAUCACGGUGGCUUUGGUGGAGGUCAUCAUGGACAUUGUUAA